AGAGCUCAACAAUCGAAAUCGACUACACACUCCCCAUGUUCCCAACUCUUCCAUCCGAGCAAUUCCGUGACAACUAAAUAUACCAUAUACCAUUCAGCCACAUUCAGCACCAGUAAGUGUGUUAUUUAUCUUUUCAAAUAAGAAAAGAAAUAAUAAAAUAAUAAUGUCUAACGAAGAAUUGCCGAAAGGAUGGGAAAAACGACUCAGCCGAUCUACCGGUCAACAUUAUUAUUUAAAUAUUUAUACAAAAGAAAGUCAAUGGGAUGUGCCAACUAAGCCAGCACAGCCUUGUGACAAUGGAGAUGAACCUGAUGAGGUUCAGUGUUCACAUAUACUUGUAAAACAUCAAGGUUCUAGACGACCGUCUUCCUGGAGAGAACAAAAUAUUACAAGAUCUAAAGAGGAAGCACUCGAUUUAAUUAAAUCAUACAGGGAACAAAUAGUGUCAGGUAAAGCAACAUUUAGUGAAUUAGCAUCAAAAUACAGCGAUUGCAGUUCAGCAAAACGUGGUGGUGAUUUAGGUCCAUUCGGUCGUGGUGCUAUGCAAAAGCCCUUUGAACAAGCGGCAUUUGCAUUAAAAGUUGGUGAAUUGUCUUCUCCAGUGGAUACAGAUAGUGGAAUUCACAUAAUCGAAAGAACCGCUUAAAACUAUUUAAUCAAUUUUUUUUAGGUAUUAUCAUUAUUAUUAUUAUUAUUAUUAUUAUUAUUAUUAUUAUUAUUAUUAUUAUUAUUAUUAUUAUUAUUAUUAUUAUUAUUAUUAUUAUUAUUAUCACCACAAUAUUUCACAAAAAA